AAUCAAUUUUUCCUUCUCUCGUUCGUUUUCCUACCCUAUCUCUCCGUCUUCCCUUUGCUUCGCUUCGCUUCACCCCCUUCUUUCCUUUCCUUCCACAGGCUAUAUAAUAAACCGUCUCGCCGCCGGUCUGCCCUUCUACCCAUUAAGGGCUAGCUGUUUCUUCCGCUGCUGCUUCUGCUCUUCAGUUCAUCUCUUUAUCUUUCUUUGGGGUUUUAGUUGGGUUCUGGAUUGGUUCUUCGGCUGCAGUUGGGACUGUUUGGUCGCGUUUUUUUUUUUGUUGCUUCUGGAUCUGAAUCUCUUGGGAGCCAGGCUGUAAAUGGAUACGAGGAAGAGAAGGCCUGACGGGGCAGCUAACAGCUUCAAUGGCGGAUUCAAGAAAUCUAGACAAGAAACGGACUCGUUAUCAACUGGUGUAGGAAGCAAAUCGAAGCCAUGCACCAAGUUUUUCAGCACUGCUGGCUGUCCAUUCGGCGAGGGUUGCCACUUCCUGCACUAUGUAUCUGGUGGGUACAAUGCAGUGUCCCAACUCAUGAACAAGUCAUCCAGCACACCCAUGCCAAAGAACAACAUGCCUCCGCCUCAACCAGGCUCCAACGGCUCUAAUAAUGCACACUCAGUGAAAAACCGCUUGUGCAACAAAUACAACACCGCUGAAGGAUGCAAGUAUGGUGACAAGUGCCAUUUUGCACAUGGUGAGUGGGAGCUCGGGAGGCCAUUUGCUCCAUCUCUCGACGAUCAUCACCAUCGUAUGCUGGGCCCACCUCCUCCAGGUCCCCGCAUGAUGAACCGGAUUGAGCCGCCUCCACCCGGCCCUCUAGUCGGCUUUGGCGAUACAGCUACUGCAAAGAUCAGUGUCGAUGCGUCUCUGGCAGGGGCCAUAAUUGGAAAAGGCGGUGUGAACUCGAAGCAGAUAUGCAGGCAGACAGGGGCCAAGCUAUCGAUCAGGGAGCAUGAGACGGAUGCUAAUCUAAGGAACAUCGAGUUGGAGGGUACGUUUGACCAGAUUGGUCAAGCUAGUGCCAUGGUCAAAGAGCUAAUCGCAAAUAUAGGUCCAGCUGGUGGCCACGGCCAUGGCAAGCCGUCGUCGGGUGGAUUCUCGGGGGAGAAGCAUCAUCCUGGAAGCAACUACAAGACGAAGAUAUGCGACAAUUUCAACAAAGGAGCUUGUAGCUUCGGUCAGAGGUGUCAUUUUGCUCAUGGAGCUGCUGAACUGCGCAAGUCAGGGGUAUGAUUUUAGGUGUGUUUUAAGUCUUUUACGUAGCUUGGUAGAUUGGAUGAACGGGCAGUGUGCGCGCGCGCAAUCUUUGUACUAGUGAGGAGGGUUUGGAUUAUGUUUUUGACUGUUCUGAUGCCACUUAGCUGAGAAAAGACAGAGGUUUAAUGAUGAUACGAACAGAUUGGAGCUUCGUUCGCUGUUUCAUUCUUUUGAGUUUACUAAGGCCCUGUUUACU